UGCACUCGUCAUAUAAAAUAUAAAGUCAUAUAAAAUACACAUACAAGUAUAGAAAGUUCUAGCUUAUUUUGUGAAUACCAACAGCUUUAUCAUAUAUUUUUGAGAUGCUUACAUUGCUGCAUAAUUUUACACCAUAUUGCUUUAACAUUUAUGCAAUUGAAAAAAUAUAACGUUCUGUGAUAUGUCAUUGUAAUGCAAUACUUCACAUUCCUCUAACACAUAAGCCCUUGAUCAUACUUACUUAUCUAUUUGGCAGCUUUCAUCCAUUUGAAAAAUGAGCUAAAUUUCACCUCCUGACAAAUGAAAAUGACAAACUGACAUGGAAUAAAAUGCACGUGCUAACACAGAAAGUACUCACGUGUACCUGACUAUGGAUUACUUAUAACUGUAAAAUGAAAAUACGCCUAUGUGUUCGGUGUUUUUUUUUUCAAUGUUUGUCUCAUCCUAAGUGAAUGCUUAAUGAAAAACAAAACAUUUGUGAAUGUUUGGGCAUUUUGCAUUCACUGCAUUGUCAGCUCAUGUUUGGUCAGUGUACUGUAUGUCUGAUGCUGGGGGUUCUGUUAUCCUGUGUGCAAAAAAAAAUACAUUUAAUAAUCAUAUUAAACUUAAAAUAACUGACUAUUCUUUAAGAUGUGCAAAGCAUGCGGUCUUUCUGAAAUAAACAGUGGUUUUAUAAGUGCACUUUUUCUUCAUUUCAUAUAUUCCAUCUUACAUCUACUCUUUGUCUGAUCGAUGUAACAGACUUGAAUGUGGUAUGCUUAUAAUGCAUAUCAUUAUAACAUAUUGUAAAACAGGCUGGUAAACAAAUAGGUGUAUAAGCUGAUUUUAAGUAGGUGUAAAGUACGUUAAUACAAAACAAAACAUCUAUGCCAACUUUCUACAGGAACUCCAGUAAGUUUGAGUUUCAAAAUAGUUUAUAGUUUAUCAUUUAUAGUAUUAAAUUAGUUUCUGCUAGUUACAUAAGUUACACUGCUAUAACAUGCUUUGAGUAAUUCAAAGGUGUACAAGGUAUAAUUUAAUAGUUACAAUGUAACAACUAAAGAAUAUUUAGUCCAUUGCAUGAAUGCAUCAUGCUACUCUCUGGGUUUACUGGAAUGGGUUCUGUUUUAACUCGGAUGCUUUUACAUUCCCUAAAACGUCUCACCACAUCUGAACUCACUCAUGAUAUUUGUACCUUUGAGAUCAGCUCACUUGUGAAAUAUACAAUAUAUUACAUGUUACGUUGGUAACGGUUGGUUGGUAACAAAACGGACAAAACAGUUGCAGAAAUUAUGGGAACAAGAGAAGCAGAGGUUGAAAAGAUAAAGAUUAAGAUAGCCACUACAACCUGGCCAGAAUACAUCCUGGAAGAUGAAGAACCAGUGGAUGAGCACACUGAGAAACACGAGGAUGAUCACCAGGAAGAACCUGACGUUAUCACAGCACCAGACAGUGACGCUCAAGCUGAAGAAAAUGAACCUGAGGAAUUACCUGACGCUGACAGCACUGAUGCUGUUUCCAAAGAUGAAGAGGAGACAGGGCAGGAACAGGAUGAAGAGGACACAGCUCAACAAGAGAGUCAAGAUAAUGAUGAAGACGAUGACGAUGGGGUUGAUAGGGACAGUAAUGAGGAAGCUGGCAUAGAUGAACUAGCCACUGAGGAGACAGCCUCAGAUGAGGAUGAGGAGACAGCCAUAGAUGAGGAUGAGGAUGACCAAAGUGAGGAAGAAGAAGAGAAGGCCGACCUGGCUGAUGAAUCUGAUUAUAGUGAUGUUGUGAAAGAGGAAGACUCUGAUUCCGAGGAACUUGCGCGUGAUACGGAGAGUGAGGUCAGUGAAGAAGUGAGAUCAGACACAGACAUAACGGAGUCUGAAGAGGAUGAUGAUUCUCAAAUCAGUGCAGAUGAAGAUGUAGAAGAAAUAGAGCCUGCAGCUGAUGCUGAAACUGCUGUUUCUGAACCAGUCGUCUCAGACGAUUCUGAGAUUACUGCAGUUGCAGAUGAAAUAGAGCCUACAGCUGAUGCUGAAACUGAGACUGCUGCACCUGAGCCAGUCGACUCAAAUGAUUUAGAAAUGUCUGAAAUCUCUGAUACUUUAGACAAACCUGAAGAACAAAGAACUCCUGACGUUAACACAGUUGGGUCUGACACUGAUGCCAAUGAUUCAGACAUAUCCGAGGAUGAUGAUGAUUUUGAGAAUUAUUUUGAAGAUCUAAUAACCGCUGACAUUUCUGUUCCUAAGCCUGUCGGGAAUGAGUCUAACAUCAGUGAGGCUGGAGAUGAAAUUCCUGAUGAUCAUGAAGAACCUAUUGCACUUCAAUUAACUCUGAUUGAGCUUGUGGACAAAGACUCUGAUUCUGAUGAUGAUGAGGAUUAUGAUCAUGACACUGGGAUCACUGUGGAUGAUUCUGAAGAACAGCUCACACUUGAUAUUGCUCUAUUUGAACCAGACGAGAGUGAUUCAGGCUUACCUGACGAAGAUCAAGACACUCUGGACAACAUCGCAGGACAGACAAAAGAAUCUAGCAUCAAUCUAACUGAAUCAGGAAAGUCUGAUGAUUCCGACAUCAUAACUGAGGCUGGUGUUUUUCCAGCUGAGGAUCUCUCUGUUUUGGACGACGCUGACGAUGAUGCGAACAACAACAACAACGAAAUCAAGAGGGCCAGAAGCAAGCAGCUGAGACGCAACAGGCUUCACUAUGGCAUUGAGGAAGAAACAAGCCAAGGCUUGAAAAAAGGUAUCAGUGUAAUUUAUAUCAGGUAUGCUUUCUUAAGGGAGAGGAUUGUGAGGUAGGCCUCAAACAAAAAUACACAUUACUAUGUCAUUCAUUUCAUUACCCCAUUACAUUCGUUUUGCUAACUUAGAUUGCUAAUUGUUAUGCUGUUCUGUAGACAUGUGUGUUAAAAUACAAAAUGUCAUCAAUACAUCAGCUUUUCGCUUUUAACCUGUCAUUAAUCUCCAUCAUUAUUGCUUAACAGUAGAAAUGCUGAGGCCUUGUAAUCUUGCUAUUCUACUGGCAUUUUUUUUUUGUCAAAGUAACAGAUUAUUAACUGGAUUUGUGUAAUAGCAAUCACACUUAAGUUAAGUCUGUAUGAAGUUGUCUAUGUAUCCUACAAAUGGAAAAUUAUGUAUCAAUACAAUGCAAUGGAGUCUGUACAUAGGGACUGCAGACUGUAUUGAGACGCACUACCCAAAUUGUAAUGGUGACGUAAUCCGCAUCUCUGAACGGGAUACAUUCCUGGUGAGACUGUCAAAAAUAAGGCCCAGUGGCAUUUAUACGUGACAUACACCACACACUGUGAAGUCCUACUGAUGAGUGGUUAGCAAUUAAACUCAUGCACUGCCAUGACUUUACUAUGCAGCUAUGGAGGGCUGUUGGUUCAGCUACCCAGUGUUACACAUGAAAGACCACAUGUUCAUGGUGAUGCACAAGUCCACUGUGAAUUAAAGUUCAAAAUAAAGUGACGCUACCCUGCGUAUUCAACUAAAUUAAUCUUAGAGUUCCAUUUGCAUGGGCAAUUUGAUAACGUAUUAUUUCAUAACAUGUUAACUAAGCUGACAAUCAUAAAUUACUAUUUUAAUAUCCUCUAAUUGAACCCCAUAUUUGUGUCUGCUUGCUGUUUUACUAAUUGUCUGUAUCAAACUAAUACCUGUCCUGUCAGCUUUUUCUAUCAGGUCUUUCAUACAUGAGCUCAUAAAUGUACUUACUUUUUAGUUCUUGAACAAGAGAAGGUAUCCAAGCAGCAGAAGACCAGAGAAGAAGUAUACAAAA